AUGUCUGGUCACCAAAUUGCCGAGAUCGACCCGCAGGGCGAUGUGGUACUUGCCUUCAACAGCGCAGACGGGACAUCUUCCGCCCGUCUGCGCGUAUCCUCAGUCGCGCUUCGUUUCGGCUCCCCGGUCUUCAACAGGAUGCUCCAUUCGAAUUUCAAGGAAGGCCAACAAUUCAAAGCCACUGGCUAUGUGGAAAUCCCGCUCGAAGACGACUCGAAGGGCAUGACUGUAUUGUGCAGAGCCCUCCACUUACAGCACAAAGUCGUAAUGGUGAAGCUGAGCUCCAAAGAUUUGCUGAAGGUGGCGGAGGUUUGCGACAAGUACGACUGCAUUGAGGCCCUGGCCCCGCUGGCCGAUUUCUGGCUGAAAGACCGCAAACCGGAUCGUGGCACGGUACUUGCCGCUUAUCUCUUCCGACGACAGGAGCUGUUUUCGAAGAUCGCCACAUCCUUCUUCGUGGAUGUUGACAACUAUCAGGAACAGGAUGCGGAAAACCCCGUACUUUCCGAGUUGUGGGAGAAUCUCAUCGAAGAUGCCAUGGAAUUCGAGCGCUACUCUAUCGAAGACGAUAUUUGGGACUUCAUCGAACGUCAAUUCUUCGAAGUUGAUGAUGGCAACGAGGAAUACGCAACAUGUGCAGACGACUGCAUCGCAAUGGCAGUAUAUCGGUGCAAAUUCGCGGAUGCUAUCGACAAGAAUCUCCUGACGCCACAUCGGCAAUUCCAUAAUGAUUGCGGCCUCGGACAACGAAUCAAGUCCUUGGAGAAGGCGACUUUCGUUCUCCCAGAGAAAGACAACCGCUUUCCAUGCACAGCUGACGAUUGCUAUAUGAGCAAUGCCAAGAGCGGGUCUGAAUGGGAGAAAGUAUUUAGAGAUGGGGGCAAGGCAUUUAGGAGGAAGUUGCCCAAGAUAUGUCUCGGCUGUGUGAUGGAAGGAAAAAUGUUCAAGCUGAAUGGUUGCAAGCACGAUGAGGAGGUUUGA